CUUACUUCCUCAACCCCCUCAAUUCCCCACACUCGCUCAGAACUAUUCCACCACCCUCCCGCACUUGUCGCUGAUUUCCAAAAACACGAUUGAAAGAUUGGAUUCUCUCAAUGAGUCCGAAUACGCGGCCGGAAUGAGCCAUGACGCUACUCCCACCGCAGCCUCCGCUGCACCACCAGACCUCCGCUACAUCCGCUAUGACGGCGCACGCGAGGACGCAUAUGUCGCUGCCAUGCGGCAACUAAUCUCCAAGGACCUCUCCGAGCCGUACAGCAUCUACGUUUACCGGUAUUUUCUCUACCAAUGGGGCGAUCUCUGUUUCAUGGCCAUGGACGACACACUGCCGGACCCGAUGGUCGGGGUCGUGGUCUCAAAGCUGGAACCACAUCGCGGCGGCCCAUUAAGAGGGUAUAUUGCAAUGUUAGCGGUGCGCGAAGAGCAUCGAGGCCGGGGAAUCGCAACGAAAUUGGUCAGGAUGGCGAUCGAUGCGAUGAUUGCGCGUGAUGCGGAUGAGAUCGCGCUCGAGACCGAAAUCACCAACACGGCGGCCAUUAAGUUGUAUGAACGACUGGGGUUCCUACGCAGUAAAAGAUUGCAUCGAUACUAUUUGAACGGUAACUCGGCCUAUCGCUUGGUGCUAUAUCUCAAAGAGGGCGUGGGGUCUAUGCGGACGGCGUUCGAUCCGUACGGGCCCCCUGAUAUGUCCGGCCCAAUUGCUCCUCCGCCGCCAGCUUUGCUUCAUGGAAAUGGCAAUCAAUGAUGUAUGAGACCGGUUGGCAGUUCGCUUCUUGUGAAUAACCUAUAGACUACGCAAUUACGACAAUAGAGAAUAUGAGUGACGAAUACAUAUUUCACGAUCUAUCCCAAUGAACAGUAGGGCUGGGCAGCCGAAGUCUAUUU